AUGUGUUAUGUGCCUAAAGAAGAUCGCGACUUUAUGCAGUUCUUUUGGUUCCGGGGGAACAACCCAAACGAAGAUCUAGUUGAGUAUCGGGCUCUAGUGCACAUAUUCGGCAACAGACCUAGUCCCGCGGUAGCAACCUUUGCCCUCAGAGCGGCCUGUCGCGGUCAGGAGGCUCCCCGCCUGGCCCGGACCUUCAUUGAAGAUCAUUUCUACAUGGAUGACGGGCUUGGCACAGCUCAGAGCGAGGAAGAAGCUAUCAACAUUUUGAGAGAAGCACGCAGGAUCCUGGCCAAAUUCAACAUACGCCUGCACAAGAUUGCUUCCAACAGAACCAGCGUAAUGGCGGCCUUCCCAGACUCUGAAGUGGCGGAGGAGAUCAAGGACUUGUGGCCCCAGGACCAUCACGCCCAGGGCACCUUGGGGAUGACGUGGAACCUCAGAGAGGACCGACUUUCAGUAACCACCACCAUCCCAGAUCGGCCUUUCACCAGGAGGGGGGUGCUGGGAACUGUCAACGCCCUGUACGACAACAUCGGAUUCAUUAGCCCCGUUAUUCUGGCCGGUAGGCUUUUCCAGCGGUCCGUCAUCCCCAGGAAGGCUGACGGGGACCCCAGUCUUCAAGAAUUGGAUUGGGACGACCCCCUACCAGAUCGAUAUUCAAUGGAAUGGGAAGCAUGGAAAACUUCCUUGUCAUCCCUCCAUCUUCUGACCAUCCCCAGAGCGCUGCGAACCCACAACUUCCAUUCUGAUUGCAAGCAAGAACUCCAUGUUUUUUUCGAUGCUUCCCAAGACGCAAUAGGAAACGUCAUCUAUUCUAGAUCAGUUCAGGGGAAGAAUGUCUAUGUUGCCUUCCUUAACGGUGAGUCGAAGGUCGCUCCCCGACAAGCAAGGUCGAUCCCACGACUGGAAUUGUGCGCGGUGGUCGGCGCUGCCCAGGACACCGUUAGCAUUCUAAGAAGUUUAAAGAAGAAGCCCGACCAAAUCUACUAUUACACAAACAGUUUGGUAGUGCUGGGCUACCUGCGGAACAGAGAGCGACGUUUCUCAAAGUAUGUCACCAGAAGAGUGGAACUGAUUCUUAAUACAAGCAGUGCCUCCCAGUGGCGCUACAUUUCAACUGAGCAGAACCCUGGGGAUGUGGCAUCGAGGCCCUCAGACCCACACUCUCUCCUCAAAACAUGUUGGCUGACAGGGCCACCCUUCCUCCGGCAAUCUACAUUGGUCAUCCCAGGCAUUGAACCACCAUCAGAGACAGAUCAGCUACCCGAAUUCGAGGAAGCCAACCCGAGGGUGUUGAAGGUGGCUGCCUCACCUCUUGGGGGCCGUUUUGAUCAACUCUUUUUGGCUCACGGAUGGUGGGAUAUAGUGGCUUGGAGGGUGUCGCGCAUUAUUUGGAAGCUUUGCCGCUUCAGAUCAACAAUAACGGCGAAGAGGGCUAUCACCUUGGAAACGCUUUCUCCCAUGCAGGCGCAGGAUUGGGAUAUUUUAGCGCUGGUGCGAGAUGCACAGGCCGCGUGUUUCUCUCUGGAGCUGAGCUGCCUUGCAUCCGGGAAAACUUUGCCCCAAGGUCACCGAUUUGUCCCCUUGGCGCCCUUCCAGGACAACGAGGGGGUACUCAGUGUGGGAGGCCGUCUUCGGUGGUCAGAAUUUCCCUACGACUACCGACAUCCGAUACUGAUCCCACGCAAGCACCCAAUCACCCAGUCAAUUCUAGAGCAUUGCCACCGGAAGAUCAAUCAUCAGGGCCGACACGUUACCGCCGGUGCGGUCCGAGAAUCCGGGUUCCACGUUGAAGGAUCUGCCAAGGAAAUAAGGCAACUGAUUGCUUGA